AUGAAAAAACCUAAUAGAAAUAAAUCAAUAUCAUCCAUUUCAUCGUCAACUAUUCCAACGACUACGACUGUACCAAUAUUACCAACAUCUGAUUUAGAAUUAUUUAGUUCAUAUUCUCAUGAACAAGUACAUAUUUAUGAUAAAUUUUGUUCAAGUAUUUCAUCUAUAUGUGAAAUAGCUUAUUGUACAUCGGAAGGAAUUAUAAUAUGUGUACCUUCAACAUAUAAACGUGAAACAUCAUCUUCACAAAAUCUUUCAUCAUCAUUAUCAUCAAUGCUUAUUACUCGAAUAGCAUAUCCAUUUCAAUCUAGUGAUCAGACAAGUACAAUUUCAUUAAAUUCUUCAUCAUAUUUAAUUUUUGAAAAAAUUAAAAAUCAAUAUUUACCACGUUUAUAUGAAUCAUAUAAACGUCGUCCAACAUCACUAUCACCAUUCGAUCGUUUACUAUGUUCAGAUAUAAUUCAAUAUAAAGGUUUUCGUCGUUGUUUAUUUUCACCAAUUGAUAUAACAUUAAAUCAUGGACAAAGUAUAUUAGCAACAAUAACAUGUGCACAUGAAGUAUUUAUUUAUGAAAUAAUAUCAUCAUCAAAACGUUUUUUUCUUUCACAAUCAUCAAAUUUAAAAAUUGACUUAACAAAAUAUUUAUUUGAGAAUAUUCAAUUAGAAAAAUAUUUACAUGAUGAUUCAGAUUCAAAAAAUAAUUAUCGUUUACUUUAUUUUCAUUUAACAUCAAAUAUUUUAUGGAAUAAUAAUGGUACAUUAUUUUUUCAAUUGCAAUAUUCUGGUCAUAUUAUAAUAUGGAAAUUUGAUCAAUUGAAUAAACAAAUAUUAUCGAUAAUUGAUACAGAAAUUUCUAAACCAUUAUUAAUGAUAUGGAAUGAAGAAUGUCAGAUAUUAUUAAUUAUAGGAAAAGAAAAUCAACGUGUUUUUAUUCGAAUGGAUCAAAUGAUAUUAUUUCAUAUAAAUAUUAAUGAGAAUGAUUAUAUGAAUACGGAACAUGCAGUAUUAAUGAAAUGGAAUGAAACGACUUUAGUAUUAGUAGAAAAUAAAAUGAAUUAUUGUGUAGUUUAUUCAAUUGAUAUGAAUAUGAAUGAGUCUUCAACUUAUGAUUGUAAUCAAAUUGAUUAUCGUGUUCUACCUUCACCUAUAAUUGGUUGUCAUCAACAACAAUGUUUAUUAUCAACAGAUCCUAUUUCAAUUAUAAUCGGUUGUGAAGAUGGUACAAUGCAUUCACUUACAAUUUCUCGUCAAUCACCUUUAACUAUCAUUGAUAUAAAAUUAGCUGCCAAUGGUCAUAUAAAAUCUUGUUCUCGUAAACCAUUACUUCUUCGACAUUUUAAUUUAUCAUCCAAUGAAUUACUUCUUGCACGUAUUUUUUAUUCACCAAUUGUUGCACCUAAUGUUAAAUUUGGGUUCGUAAUUUGUACAUUACAUCGAUGGUCAUCUACUAAUUCAAUAACAUUUGAUAAAAUAAUUGAAGAUUUUCUAGGCAGAUCUCAUAUACCAUUAUGGCAAUCAUCUGAUGAACUUGCUAUUAUUUUAAAUGAAGUAACACGUGGUACAACUUAUCAUUAUCAAAUUAAAAAAAAUACGAAUGAUAAUUUUCUAUAUCUUCAACGAUUAUGUCGUUUACAUAGUUUAUUAAAUAAUACAAAACAAUUACAAAUAUUUGAAAAUCAGUUAUUACAAAAUUAUCGUCAUCGUUUAUCAGAAAUUUUCAAUAUACUUUUUUCAAAAAUGAUUAAUAAACUUACAUCAAUUGAAUUAUUAAUUUAUACAGUUUGUUGUAAAGAUGAACAACUAACUUCAUCUACUUUACUUAUGUGUCCAAUGUGUAAUACAUCAUUAACAAUGACAAAUCAAGAUCUUUUAUCUUGUACAUGUUCAAAUAAACAUAUUUGGCCUCGUUGUUGUCGAACACUUCUACCAUUAUCUCUUGAAGAUGCACAAACAUGUUCAUUAUGUGAUCGAACAAUAAUAUUAAUUGAAACAAAUGAUAAAAAUUAUAUUAAUUUUGUCAAGUAUAAAGAUAAAGAAUUAAACUUUUUAUUUUCAUCUAUAUGUACUUAUUGUAUGUGA